CGCAGUCAGCAAAAGAGAGCAUAAAUAGAGAUUGCGGGCUCCGAAUCUUCACUACGCUACUAACAGCCUAGUGAGGAACUCCCGACCAGACAAUGCUGCCAUAUAUCGUCCUUGCUUGUGUCGCUCUUUGUGUAAACGCCGAUUACGACAAAAAGUUUCCCUACUACGAUUACUAUGGACAAAACUUUGGAGGACCUGGAGGUUAUCUUUUAGGCAGCGGACCGGUAGGCAAUGUUCUCGGCGGAGUACCUGCGCUUUCAGUGGGUGGGUCUGGAAAUUUUCUAGGGGCUAGAAGAUUUUUUUCCAGUAGAGGUGGCGGCGCAGCAGCUGCUUCUAGUGCCUCCACUUCUGGAGGAGUAGGAGGAGGUGCUGCUGCUGCUUCUGCUGCUGCUGUUUCAACAGGUGGGCCAUCUCAAAUCAUCCCCUAUAGAAACUACUACGAUGACUUUUCUUACUAUAGCCCCGGCAGCUUUGGAUCGUACAACCUUGGACCGUAUAGCUCUUCACCAUUCGGCUAUUACCAAUCCAGCUUUCAACCUUACAGCUAUCAACAGUUCAGCUAUCAACCGGUCAAUUUCGGGCAGUACUUCAGACUUGGCAGAGGUGGAGCUGCUGCAGCUACAGCGGCAGCGUCCUCUGUUGACGGUGGUGCGGCUGCUUCUGCUACCGCCUCAGCUGUAGGAAAUCGUGGAGUAAUUGGUGUUCCAUAUUUUGCUGGUGCUCCAUUCGGCGGAGUAAGUGGUGUUCCAUUUGGUGGAGUUGGUUCACCACUUGGCGUAGUGGGUGGAUCAUUCGGACCAGUGUUCGGAGGUGUCCCAAGACUUAGAAGGAAGAGACUACUUUUUGACAGUCUAACACUGUAUUCGGUACCAGUGAGAGGCGCAGUAGAUUCCAAGAUGCUGAAAUUCGCCGCCCUAGCAUGCCUUGCUUUCUGCGUUAUCGCAGACAGUGAUUAUGAGUAUUCCUCGUCAAGCGAUGGUGACAACUAUCCUAAAUGGGGCGGUGGAAUUUGGGAUUUUGGAGGUAUUGGAGGUAGUUCUGGAAUCUCGAUAGGAGGUGGAGUUGGUGGAGGAAUUGGUGGUGUCUCUGUAGGAAGAGGAUUAGGAAGAGGAAUCAGUGGGUUGUCAAUUGUAGGUGGAAAUGGACCUCUCGUCUAUGGAGGCCUUAACUCAGGAUUCUUCGGAAUUGGAGGUGGAUCAGCCGCUGCAAGCGCUGCUGCCGCUGGAAAUGCCGCCGCCGCUGCUGCUGCGGCUGCUGCUGGACGAAAUGCUGCAGCUGCCAGUGCUGCUGCCUCUUCUGGAUUUGGAUUUCCAUUCUACUGGAACACUUUCCCAUUCAGCAGGCAAUCUUUCUACAGUUCAAGAUAUCACUACCCAUCAUACCAUUACAGACACAGUUAUCCAUCUUACUACCAAGUCAGCUAUCCAUCUUUUUACCAAGCCAGUUUCCCUUACUUUGGUGUUGGGGGUGGAUCCUCUGCUGCUAGUUCUGCCUUUGCUGGAGGAGCCGCUGUUGCCUCAGCAGGUGCCUUUUCUGGACUAGGAAGAUUUUCUGAUGGAAUCAUCCUUGGAUCUGGAUAUCCCAAAAAGGUUUACUAAACAAGAAGCGGAUUUUAAAUGUUAUCUGGAUUUGUGGUUGAUUUUUGUUAAUAAAUAUUUGCUCAUGAGA